GGUUUCGGUCGGCUGGGCCAGAGCGGCAGGCGGGGCCUGGUCGGGCGGCCGCCGUUGGGCGGCGCCGAGUUGUGGCGCGCAGGCUCCGGGGCGUGUGGACUCAGAAGUUGUGGCACGCAGGCUUAGUUGCCCCGUGGCAUGUGGGAUCUUAGUUCUCUGAGCAGUGAUCAAACCCACAUCCCCUGCAUUGGAAGGCAGAUUCUUUACCACUGGACCACCAGGGAAGUCCAUGGAAUAUUUUGAAACUUUCUUGUUUGUCUGUCUUGUUUUGAUUGGUAUAAACAUCGCUAAGGCACAUGCAGCAAAGCAUGUUCAGCUCGCAAACACCGUGCUAAGGGGAAGAAGGCAGCACAGAGUGCAAAAGGCAUAGCCCCUCUGACAGAGUCCACAGGGCGCUGAUCUGUGCUGCCAGGAGCCAGGCAGAGGUUCUCCUGGGAGGCCAGCAAGGAGGCAGAGCCUGCAGCAGUGGCAGGGCUGUCAGGGCCUGGUUCUGUGGGCCGUGCCCCUCGAGCUGUGUGUUCGAUUUGUCGACUCUGCUGUAUAAACGUCAUACUCCAAUAAAGAGCUUUAAAGAUACAGAAAAGGUUAUAUAGGUUCAUUUUGUGUAUCUAAUUGGAGAGUCUUGUGCUUCCAGUAGUGAAUGACUGUUUCCAUCCUCCUCCUGAAUGAGACUACUUGGUGCCCAGGAGCAGAUGACCUGAAAUGUUCACCUGAGUGACUGGCUCCUGCCUCCAUUCCCGGGAAGCCCAGGGUACUAGGCAAUGGCAGCUUUGCAUCUGUCUGCCCUGCCCCAGGCUGAAGUGACCUUCGAGGACGUGGCCGUGCUCCUCUCCAGGGAGGAGUGGGGCCGUUUGGGCCCUGUUCAGAAGGGCCUCUACAGGGAUGUGAUGCUGGAAACCUACAGGAACCUGGUCUCGCUGGGAGCUGGACCUACAGGCCCCAAGCCGGAGGUGAUUACACAGUUGGAGCGAGGGGAUGAGCCGUGGGUCCUGGACGUGCAGGGGAGAGAGGGACCGACCAUCGAUGGCUCAGCUCAUGGGACCAGGAGUGAGAACCAGGAGUUGACUUCAGGCGAGAUGCUCUAUGGGGAAGAACUGGACCAACUCAGGGGGAGUGUUCUCCAGGGACCUGAGCCGGGAGAAGCCUGUAAGCAUGUCAGGGAGCCAGAGGGGAACAUGGACGGGCCUGUGGAGCAGAGAGGCCCCAGGCCAGUCACACUGGCCAACAAGGAGAGUGGCCUGGAGUGUGGGGGAAACCUCAGGUUGGGGUCAAGCCCUCUCGCUGAUCAGAGACCUCACAAAUGCGAUAUAUGUGAGCAAAGUUUUGAACAGAGAUCAUACCUUAAUAACCAUAAGCGUGUACACAGGUCCAAAAAAACAAAUAUAGUUCGUGAUUUAGGGGAAGUUUUCACUGCAAAUUUAGUUGUUAAAGAAGAUCACGAAAUUCCUAUUGGGAAAAAAUUGCAUUAUUGUGGUUGCUGUGGGAAAGCCUUCAGGUACAGUGCUAACCUUGCCAAGCACCAGCGGCUGCACAGCGAAGAGAAGCCCUACAAGUGCGACGAGUGUGGGAAAGCCUUCCACCAGAGCUGCGAACUCAUCAAUCACCGCAGGAUGCACUCCGGGGAGAUCCCCUACCGCUGCGAUGAGUGCGGGAAGACGUUCAAUCAGAGGCCCAACCUCAUGAAGCAUCAGAGGAUCCACACUGGGGAGAAACCCUACAAGUGUGGUGAGUGUGGGAAGCACUUCAGUGCCUACUCGUCCCUCAUUUAUCACCAGAGGAUCCACACUGGAGAGAAGCCCUACAAGUGCAACGACUGUGGGAAGGCCUUCAGUGACGGCUCAAUCCUCAUCCGACAUCGUCGGACUCACACUGGAGAGAAGCCAUACGAGUGCAAAGAAUGUGGCAAAGGCUUUACCCAGAGUUCUAACCUUAUUCAACAUCAAAGAAUUCACACUGGAGAAAAACCCUAUAAAUGUAAUGAAUGUGAGAAAGCCUUCAUCCAAAAAACCAAGCUUGUUGAACAUCAGAGAAGCCACACUGGAGAAAAGCCCUAUGAAUGUAAUGACUGUGGCAAAGUCUUCAGCCAGAGCACCCACCUCAUCCAGCAUCAGAGGAUCCACACGGGAGAGAAACCCUACAAGUGCGGUGAGUGUGGGAAGGCCUUCCACAACAGUUCCAGACUCAUCCACCAUCAGAGGUCACACCACGGAGAGAAGCCGUACAAAUGCACUGAUUGCAAGAAAGCCUUCAGCCAGGGCACGUACCUCCUGCAGCACCGGAGGAUCCACACCGGGGAGAAGCCGUACACAUGCAGCGAGUGUGGCAAGGCCUUCAGGCACAGCUCCAACAUGUCCCAGCAUCAGAGGAUUCAUCUCCGGGAAGACUUUUCCCCGUGACUGGGGGAGGCCCCUGAGGUCUGCUGUGCACUUCCUGCAUGUGACCCACCCAGCCCUUUACUUGCUGUCCACAUAGUGUUGGCACAGGUGAAAGAGCAUUUCUGUCUAAUUAAAAAAAAAUCUUAAAACAGAA